AUGACAUGUAAGAUUCCAGUCAAGAAGUCUCUUCAGUCCCUACUUCCCGGUGUUUUCUCUACCAGUGUCUACUACAUGAGUUCAUCAGUCUCUGUCAUUGUCAGAGAAUGCAUGGUGUUUCUGUCCAUACCAAAUGAUUUCCUGUUCAAGUUCUUGGUCAUAGGAAAUGCUGGAACAGGGAAAUCCUGUUUACUACACCAAUUUAUUGAAAAGAAAUUCAAAGAUGACUCAAAUCAUACUAUAGGAGUGGAAUUUGGUUCAAAGAUCAUAAAUGUUGGUGGUAAAUACGUGAAAUUGCAGAUAUGGGAUACAGCAGGACAAGAGAGAUUCAGGUCUGUAACAAGGAGUUACUACAGAGGGGCUGCAGGUGCUUUGCUUGUCUAUGAUAUAACCAGCCGGGAAACCUACAAUGCACUUACUAAUUGGUUGACGGAUGCAAGAAUGUUAGCAAGUCAAAACAUUGUGAUAAUACUGUGUGGAAACAAAAAGGAUCUUGAUGCAGAUCGUGAAGUUACUUUUUUAGAAGCAUCCCGGUUUGCACAAGAAAAUGAGCUGAUGUUCUUGGAAACAAGUGCACUAACGGGGGAAAACGUUGAAGAGGCCUUUGUACAGUGUGCAAGAAAAAUACUCAAUAAAAUUGAAUCAGGAGAAUUGGAUCCAGAAAGAAUGGGCUCAGGUAUUCAGUAUGGAGAUGCUGCCUUGAGACAGCUGAGAUCACCACGUAGAGCACAAGCACAGAGUGCUCAAGAAUGUGGGUGUUAAAGAAACAAAACACAAAAUCCCAAAUACUCACUUUAGAUACGAAAGCUGUCCUUGCAAGCGGUGUUUGAAGAAACAGAAAAGCUUGAAGGCUAUGCAGUUUUUUAAAAGCAUCUUUCCUGUAUGUACAAACAGAGCAGACCACUGCUGACGGAAGGGUGUACCGUGUGGUGUGGGGCAGGGAUGUUCACGUGACACAAAAGUCUGCAGAGCGAACUUGGUAAUUAGGUGGACAAUAUUAAGACUCAUACCUGUAUGUAAGCAUUUUCCAUUACCUAUUUUUGUUCAUUUACCUCUAGUUUAAAGCAUUGCUAUAUACUGUAAAUAAUGUAACAGUAAAUUUACAAAGCAUGGUAUACUUACGUAUGCUGAUAGAACGUUGCACUACAAGCAGUUUAAUAUUUUAUUUUUUUAUCAUAUAAACAAAUUUAACUGAGGUAGGCUUUGUCAUGUUUGUUUGCACAAUAGCUUGUAUUUAUGACCUGAAUUAUAAAAACACUGGCACUGUCAGUGAGAGAUUGUUGGUUUAUUUUUUCCUAGUUUGCCACGUUCUAACAAGCUGUUGACAUGACUGAUUCUCAACAUAUGGUUAGGACCCGUACUUAUGUUUGCUAAUAUGUCAAGUUGGAAAAGUAAUGUUUAUUGACAUUUACAUAUCACAGUUCUUAAAUAACUUCUGAAGCUCUUUUAUCAAACUUCAAAAGUUUUGAAAAAAUACUUUUAAGUCUCUCAAAUGCCUGUCGACUGACUUGGAAUUUUUUUUUUUCUCGGUGCUGAUGUUUUGUAUAGCACUGGCGUUAUGAAGGUGGAAUGUAUAUGUGAACAGAACUGUGCGUCUUCUCUGUGCAUUGUAAUUCUAGGGUAGGGGCGUGGGCUUAUGGAGAAUUACCACAGUAGGAGUUGUCCUAACCUCUUAUCAUAAACGGAGCAAUCAGCUGUGGAAAUCCAAUCUCUGUUGAAGCACACCUGGUGAGGUACAAACUGAACCCAAAUGGGUCCUUCUGAAGUAUCCUCAAUGUAUGAAUUUUAAAAUAAUAAUUUCUUUUUCUUAUACAUUCAUAAAGUAUAAUUAAGAACUUGAAUUUUAAAAUUCGGCCUUCAAAUUGCAAGCGUACAGUCUGUCUUGCUGGAGCUCUACCUUUGAACUUCAUGUGAGCACACUGUAUGUAAUGCUGUCCACAUCACCCCCAGGAGACUCGUGUGAUGGAAGCAAAAACCCAAGCAUGCUACUUCUGUAGUUUGAUCUUCCCAUGAAACUCAUCAAGGGGAAUUUCAGCCUUGGUACAGGGGUUUUUUUGGGGUGGUUGGGGUUUUUUUUUGGUUUUUUUUUUUUUUUUUUGGGUGCUAAACCAUACAAUUUAGCCUUUCUUUCCUGCCCUUUUUUUGUUGUGGGGAAGAGACAUGGGGCAAGAGGUUAGGAAUCUUGUCCUCAUUCCUCAACUGGAAACAGAAGAGACUUGCAGAGGGAGGACAGAGCCACAAGCAUUGCCUGUCAUUUUUAGACACUGAUCAGGUAAGAGACCUGUGGCUUUUGGUUUGCCAGAUAAGGAGCUGCAGAACUAAGCCAGUGGUUCUGGAGGUAGCUGAAUUCAACCAGUUGAGGGGGACAAUUUCGUUUGCACUAAUGGAGGUAAAAAAAAAAAAAA